GCCGCUGCUGCUGCUGUUGCUGCUGCUGCUGGUAAGAUGGCUGUGCAGCUGGAUGGAGGAGGGAAGGAGGACCUGAAAACACAAUUUGUCACGCGGGAGGGCACCUACAAGCUGAUGACCCUGUCGGAGUACUCGCGACCGAAUCGUGUCGGCUACACCAACAGCCAGGGCAGCGCGUCCGUGAGGGUAUCUUUCGUCACGCUACCGGACCCAGCGGACCCCACGGGCUCGCAGGGCCUCGGUGACCGAAUGUGCUUCAAUUUCGGCAAGGAGCUCUACGUCUACGUCUACCGCGGCGUCAAGAAGGCUGUAGACUUGAACAAGCCGGUAGACAAGAAGUUAUACAAGGGAACUAAUCCAACCUGUCACAAUUUCAAUCAAACAACAGCCACAGCCGACAGCGCUCCAUUGCUGGUGGGAUUCUCCACUGGACAGAUACAACUGAUUGAUCCGAUAAAGAAGGACAGUUCACAACUCAGCAAACUGUACAAUGAGGACAGGCUGAUAGACAAGAGCAAGGUGACGUGCAUAAAGUGGGUUCCUGGCUCAAACAACCUAUUUCUGGUCUCUCAUAGCUCCGGUCAGCUCUACCUCUAUAACGAAGAGUUGCUCUGUGGUACCACUGCGCCACACUACCAGUCAUUCAAGGCAGGCGAUGGAUACGCCAUAUAUACCUGCAAAACCAAAUCUACCAGGAACCCGCUGUAUCGAUGGGUGAUAGGCGCGGAAGGUUGCUGCAUAAAUGAAUUUGCCUUUAGCCCAUGCGGCACGAACCUGGCCGUGGUGUCGCAGGAUGGAUUCCUGCGUGUUUUCCAAUACAACACGAUGGAGCUGGUCGGCUCGGCGAGGAGUUACUUCGGCGGUUUUCUAUGCGUGUGCUGGUCGCCGGAUGGACGUUACGUGGUGGUGGGCGGCGAGGACGAUUUAGUGACUAUCUGGAGCUUCCACGAGAAGCGGGUCGUGGCGCGGGGACAAGGUCACCACAGCUGGGUGAGCGUGGUCGCCUUCGAUCCGUACACGACAUCUUAUGGCGACCACGAUCCCGACUUUAGCGGGUCGGAUGACGAAUCGACGAUGCCGCACAACAAUCAUAAUCACUUCCACGAGAAGUCGCACCGUUUGUCUACUACCUCGCAAAGUGGCGGCGGUGGCGGCAUCCAUUCGAAUCGUAAUUCCUGCGGCUCUGAAUUGAGAAUGUCGGGCGGCACGUGCUACAGGUUAGGCAGCGUGUCGCAGGACACCCAACUGUGCCUAUGGGACAUCACGGAGGACGUGCUGAGACAGCCGGUAUGCGCCAAGCAGAGACCUUCCGCGGCGUGUAGCACUAGUGGCGGUACCGGCAGUAACUUGUCGUCUUCGGGUACAUUCAGUAGUGGCAAUGGGGCGGCGGCAACGGCGAAUCACCAUUCGAACUCGAAUGCUAAGCAUAAUAACUCAAAUAAUGUAAACUUCAAGGAGAACGCGAGUGGUAAUAACGAGACUAGUAACAAUAGCAGUAGCACCAAUGCCGCGGUUGCAACCGUGAAUUCGCUGACGCAGAGGCUAGCGGGUCUUGGCUUCGGCGAGCGUAAAGGUGAUAAUCACAAGAGAAACUUUAGCCUCACUAUGCGGGGUAGCGGCACCGGCGGUGCAACGGCGACUACGGCCAAUAACAGCACGACGACGGUUGUGCAGAACAAUGGUGGUGACAAGGCGGGCACCGGCAACUCGACGACAAGUACGACGAGUAGUAGUCUGAACAACAGUGUCGGUGGGGGUGGUUUAGUAGGGACGGGAAGUAAAAAGGUUAAUUCCAUGAUGGACGAUCCCAUGAGGUUGAUAGGGACCGCCUGGUGUCCCAGGUUCGACGAGUGCCCGGUCCUCGAGCCGCUGGUGUGCAAGAAGCUGGCGCACGAGAGACUGACUGAAUUAGUGUUUAGGGAAGAUUGCUUCGUGACGGCGUGUCAGGACGGAUACGUGUACACGUGGGCGAGGCCCGGCCACAUGUGCAACGACGGCCAGGUGCUCAAACACGCGGCGUACAUCAACCUGUCGCCCAACGAUGAAAUGACGAUUACUCCGGUGGCACCAUGUUACAUGAAACCUGUUGGAUGCGCACGAUGGCAAUCUCUUAAAUAUGGAAGCAGCGUACCGAUAAAACCAGGUGACGUUUGCUCUUUGCUACCCGACAAAUGUUGGUUCAAGAUCAUCUCAGUGCCAGACACAAUGCAGGAAGGUGAUCAGGCAUCAGAGAGAAAAGUCGAUCAGGAAGAUUUGAACAAUGAAGUGGACAGCAAGAAGACCCUACUGUCUAGCAUGGAGGCUGUUGUUGUGUCCUCUAACGAAUCUUCGGAUUGCACUCUUCAUGACAAGGAUCCACCAGAUGAGCAUAAAAACUGUUCCGUUAAUGGAAAUGAGGAGCAUGGAGACGCAGCUGUUCCAGUUCAUCCCACAAGCUCGCCAGAGGCAAGCGAUAUGCCCGCGACGAGUUCCGCAAAAAUGUCAACGGACUCUCAGGAUGUAACUGAGUCUCUUGUUGAGCAUGAGAGUAAGAACAGGAAGCGAAAAACAAAGAAUAUCAAUUUAACGAGUAAAGCCACAACAAAUGGCGGACCAGGCAAGAAGAUCAAAUGGGAUUGUGACGCGCACUUCAGUGAUCAGAUUGAAGCGGUUACACCAAAUGAUCCUCAGCCUCCUGUUGCUACGCCUAGAGAUCAAGCAAGUGUGUCGAAUCUUAACAGAGUCCCUAGAGAAAAGUGUAGAUAUGGCGCUCGAUGUUAUCGGAAGAAUCCCAAUCACAAGAAUAACUACAGUCACCCGGACGAUUCUGAUUACGAUGACAUCAACGACCGGAAGGAGUGUCCGUACGGCGUCAAGUGUUAUCGUAAAAACCCGCAGCACAGGGCGCAAUUCAAGCACACGGUCGUGCCGCGUCGCAAUCGCAGAGCCGCCACCCCCGUGCACCCAGUGGUCGUCGACAACACGUCCGAAACGGAUUCGUCCAUGGAGGAGUCCAUCGAUGAGUCCGAUUAUGAACCGUCCGUAUAUACGGAGAGUUCAGACGAGUGGGACGGGGGGAGCGAGUUAGAGGAUGGCACAACCGGAUGACAGAAAUUAAUGAAGAUCUUCUCUGUGCUAAUGCUAAUAUGUCUAAAUUAUAAAUGUGUCUGCGAUGUACAGAUCUAUUUUGUUACGGAAAUAUUUAUUUUUAUAUAUGCGGAUUUAAAAUACUGUACCUACAUAUAUAUUUUCUAUACGUUUUAUUUGAAGAGAAAUAUAUAAAAACGUUAAUAAUAUAUCACAACCGACAUUGUUCUUUGGUGUGUCGGAAAGUA